GCUCUAGCCAGUUGUUACCACAGUGCUGUGUAAAUUUGGUUCAGGACAUUCUGUUCAUGUUGUGCUAGCUCAAACACUGCUGCAAGCUGCACAUUUGUUGUUGAUCAUUUAUAAUAAUAACCUUCAUCCUACGUUAAAAUGAUUCCCGUGCUGUCAAAAUCAUCAGUGCGAAUCGGAAAUCCUCAGAAGGUGGAUCAGAUUCUAAAUGGCAUGAGGCAGGCAGGACCUAACUCUGUCCAGAUCAUCUCAGACUUUGACAUGACUCUCACCAGAUUUGCUGUUAAUGGAAAACGAUGCCCUACUUGCCACAAUAUUCUGGAUAACAGCAAAUUGAUCAGUGAAGAUUGCAAAGUACAGCUGGCGCACCUGCUGAACACAUACUACCCCAUUGAGAUAGACUCCACCCGCUCAGUGGAGGAUAAAAUACCGUACAUGGUGGAAUGGUGGACCAAAGCCCACGAGCUUCUGGUGCAGCAGAAGAUCAAGAAGGACUUGCUGGCGAUGGUGGUGAGGGAAUCGGAUGCCUUGCUCAGGGAAGACUACCAGUUUUUCUUUGACCACUCGAAGGAGCAGAACAUCCCGCUGCUCAUCUUCUCUGCGGGAAUUGGAGACGUGCUGGAGGAGGUGAUCAGACAGGCUGGGGUCUUCUACCCAAACGUCAAAGUCUUCUCCAACUACAUGGACUUUGAUGAAACUGGCACAUUGCAGGCUUUCAAAGGUGAACUCAUCCACACCUAUAACAAGCGGGAGGGCGCCCUACUCAACACCGGCCACUUCCAGGAACUCCACGAGCGCCACAACGUCCUGCUGCUGGGAGACUCCAUAGGGGACCUGACCAUGGCCGACGGUGUGCAGAACAUGGAGAACAUACUGAAGAUUGGCUUCCUAAACGAUAAGGUGGAGGAGAGGAUGGAGUCCUACCUGAAGUCCUAUGAUGUUAUCUUGGUGAAAGAUGAAACCAUGGAAGUGCCCAACGGGAUCUUGCGGUACAUCACUGGCUGCCAGUGACCGUUGUGUCCAGCCCAGCCCACCUCAGACACUCACACUCAUGUCCCUGGACUCAGCUCUCUGCAGGGUCGGCCUUCUGUCCUCAUCUUUGUGUCCCUGACCGACAGAAAGGUGUCCUGGCCCCUGCCUCCCAGCCUCGGGUCCUGACCUCCCCCACCUCAACAUAUAGCGCUGGUGACCCUGUGCUGUUGGCGUGCCAUUUUUUCCUCCUGUGGAUGAGUGUUUUAAGUGUUGCAGUGUGAGGAACAGUUCACCUGAUGUUUUCUUUACAUGCGCCUGUUUCUUCCCUUUGUCAUAUUCACAACUGUCACAUGAAAGUUCAGCUGUACCUCAAAGCUUUACUAUCUUUUUUCACAGUGACUGAUGGGCCUAUUUUUUUUUACAACACACACACACACACACACACACACACACGCACACACAGACACAUUUAGAUAUAUGCACACAUUUCGAACAGAAGGGCAUUUGAUUUGCUCUGGGUUGUUAAAAAUGCAUGAGAUUUUUCUGGACCUAGCACAUUUGUACUAUGGAGAGCUUCAGCCUUUGGAACAUAGUUUGAGCACCUUCACUGGCCAUUGGUUUGUAAUGUCCGCUGCUCUGAAGUAACUGGCAAGAGGUCUACAGAGAGGGUCCAAUGCAUGGGCUUCAGUGGCAACCUCACUCAAGCUUAUUUGGAAACACCACCCAUGUAUGUGUUGAAAAGGGACUUAUUUUGAAAGGAUAUAUGGCUGUCCCUUAGUUUGUUAUUUAGACUGUAGCGGUUUAUUUGGUUUAAUAGUUUUCCUUGUUUUAGAGUGUUUUUUAUGCUUUAUUGUGCUGGCAGUGAGUAUGAUAUCCUGAUCAUGAAUUAUUUUUAAAGUGGCAAAGAAACUCAAGAAAGCCUGUGCCACUGACGUUCAAUGGAACCAGCUGAGAGGGCGCUGGUGGUUUGUUUCCUGGUUCACUAUAAGGACUAUCCUCUCUCAGUGCAUCAGCCAGAGUGGCGUUAGCAGCGUGAUUAGCGCAUCACAUGGCACUGGUCCUGCAGCUGUGUCCCUCUCCUGAGUGUCCUGAGGUUUCAACGUUUGCUAUGAAUGACGAUGAGUGUUCUCACAGUGUGUUUUUUCUGUCUAUCCACGGAGCCAGACUAAAGUCAUCUCAAAGCCACAGCAGGCAUUUUCAAAGCAUUUGCUUAGAAUGUAUUUGCAUUGUUUGUGGAGUUCAAUUUGAACAUGAAUAGUUUUUAUCGAUCUUUGUUUGUAUUUGUUUUUUGAUAUCUCUCCGAGACAAAACAAUAUCUGUAUGUAACUGCACUUUCAUACCCAGGGGACACAUUUUAAGAGCUGGUACUGAAUGUACAGUUUGUACAAAUAAGCAGUGCUUUAUUCUUAUGCCAAGGGUUCAUUGGUGCUUGUGAACAGUUUUGCACUGACUACAGCACUAUGUCAGGAAAGAUCUUUCUCAGAAUGUCAACAGUACAUUUAAACUAUAAAACAUUUGAUAUCAUUGAAUAAUUUGGAAGAAUGACCAGCAGAACAUUCACAGUGGCAACAUGAACAUGAAGACUUGCAUGGCAAACAUAUUUACCUGGUAGUCUGCAUCUCACCCAGUUCUACUCUGUUAUCUUAGAAAUUGUUUCAGAGAUGUCAGAGGCUUUCUGUCUCUGACACAUAUGGCCCAUCCAGCACACUUUCAGGCCAUAUGCGGCUAAUCCAAUGGCAAUUGUUGCGUCCAUUCUGCAUAUUGCGAUAAUCCAGAGUUAAGUGUUUUGGACGUUUAUGGAAUUAAACAUGUUUUUA